AUGUCCCCUUUUCAGGCAGUUUAUGGCACCCCUCCUCCAUUGGUCUCAAUGUAUACCCCGGGUUCCAUGGUCGUCCAUUCUGUUGACCGUACUUUACAGGAUCGCAAUGCUUUGCUUCAACUGCUCAAAUUGCAUAUGUCCCAGGCCCAGAACAAGAUGAAACAACACGCGGAUUCCAACCGGACCGAAAAGGAAUUCCAAGUUGGCGAUUGGGUGUUCCUAAAGUUACAUCCUUAUCGCCAACAAUCAUUAGUCAAACGGCCAUCUCAUAAACUCUCUCCCCGUUAUCACAGGCCAUUCAAGGUUCAGGCCCAAGUCGGCAAGGUAGCCUACCGGUUGUAUCUCCCUCCUCAUUCCAAGAUUCAUCCAGUUUUUCAUGUUUCUCUCUUGAAGAAACGUGUCAGCGAUGAUAUUCCACUUUCCUCCACACUUCCCCACUCCAACAGCAAGGGUGAAUUGGUUUGGCAACCUUUGAAAGUGCUCGACAUGACUGUUUGCAAGAAGAAGAAGCGCUCUGUCACUAAAUGGUUCAUCCAGUGGGCCAGUCUUCCUGUGGAGGAUGCUACUUAG